AGAAACAUACCAGGGACAUUUGUCUUUUUUUUUAUUUUUUUAUGCAGUAGGUUGUUUCCUUCUGUGUAAACACAUUCAAACAAUUUAAAAAAAUGAAUAUAGUGUAUCUUUACUGUAACUUAACAUAUCUGCCCUUUUUGCUGAUAAAUGCAAUUGUAAUUUUAAAAUGUAAUUUGUAAUUACAUCUUUCUUCAAGAUUGGUGGUCAAAAUCCAAAGCAUUAACAUAUUUGCACUUCCUCUUUCACGGCGCUGUUAUGCCUGUGAGUACACACUGAUAAAGACAUUCUUUUUUUAAUUGAAGGCCAUUACAUUACCAAUUAUUACAUUAUGCUAAAAAGUGUCUGAAUAAUACACUGAACUCUGAAAAAGAAGAGUCUUGUUUCUUGAGAAAUGUAUACGUGGUGAUUCUAAAGGCAAACAACACUUAUUUCUCAUACAGUUAGGGAUUUGAAGAAAAGUAUUAAACUUAGAUGCAUAACUUGUCCCACACUAUUGAACAGACAUGAAUAAAUAAUGCAUCUUAUUAAAGAGAGGUGUGCUGUUGCUUUUCUGUGUGAUUAGAUUUGGUGACAAAAACAUCCCUUGACUCUGUUGUCCUUAAGCCAUUUUGCCACUACUUUGGAGGUAUGCUUGUGGUCAUUGUCCAUUUGGAAGACACAUUUGCGACCGAGCUUUAACUUCCUGGCUGAUGUUUUGAGAUGUUGCUUCAAUAUAUCCACAUAAUUUUCCUUCCUCAUGUUGCCAUUUAUUUUGUGAAGUGCACCAGUCCCUCCUGCUGCAAAGUACCCUCACAACAUGAUGCUGCCACCCCCAUGGUUCACGGUUGGGAUGGUGUUUUUCGGCUUGCAAGCCUCAUCCUUUUUCCUCCAAACAUAACAAUGGUCAUUUCGGCCAAACAGUUCAAUUUUUGUUUCAUCAGACCAGAGGACAUUUCUCCAAAAAGUAAGAUCUUUGACCCAUGUGCACUUGCAAACUGUAGUCUGGCUUAUGGGGGUUUUGGAGCAGUGGCUUCUUCCUUGCUGAGCAGCCUUUCAGGUUAUGUCGAUAUAGGGCUCUUUUUACUGUGGAUAUAGAUACUUGUCUACCUGUUUCCUUCAGCACCUUCACAUGGUCCUUUGCUGUUGUUCUUGGAUUGAUUUGCACUUUUCACACCAAACUACGUUCAUCUCUAGGAGACAGAAUGCAUCUCCUUCCUGAGCAGUAUGAUGGCUGCGUGGUCCCACGGUGUUUCUACUUGCGUACUAUUGUUUGUACAGAUGAAUGUGGUACCUUAAGGCUUUUGGAAAUUGCUCCCAAGGAUGAACCAGACUUGUGGAGGUCCACAAUUUGUUUUCUGAGGUCUUGGCUGAUUUCUUUUGAUUUUCCCAUGAUGUCAAGCAUAGAGGCACUGAGUUUGAAGGUGGACUACACAAAUGGAUCGUGCGCUCAGUGCUUUGAGAUGCGGAAGAAUGUCAGGAAUGCCAAGACCGACUGCAAGUGCUCAGUCCCCUUCUUUGUUGAAAAAAAUGUUUCGGGUGAUGUAUUCUUUUACUACGGUCUGAGAAACUUUCAUCAGAACCUGCGGAGGUACAUGGACUCCCGUGACGAUGCACAGAUGGUGGGGAGGAAGACAAACCUGAAGACUCCGAGUUCGUAUUGCGCUCCGUUUGAUUAUGAUGCACACAAAGUGCCUAUUGCCCCCUGUGGUGCCGUGGCCAACAGCAUGUUCAAUGACUCAUUUAUUGUGAUGCAUUAUCCAAAAGACGGGCCAGCAGUGCAAGUUCCACUCUUCAGGAAGGGCAUCGCCUGGUACACUGACAAAAAUGUGAAAUUUCGUAACCCCCCCACCAAUGAAACAUUCACACUCCAUCAAGCCUUUGAAGGCACAACUCUUCCUUUUUUCUGGCAGCAUCCGGUUUAUGAGCUGGACACCAAAGACCACAACAACAAUGGCUUCAUCAAUGAUGACCUGAUUGUUUGGAUGAGAGAGGCAGCCUUCCCUAAUUUCAAAAAGCUUUAUGGGGUUCUCAAUCGUGCUCAAGAGCCUUUCGCUGAUGGUCUGCCUUAUGGCAACUACACCAUCUCUAUCAGUUACAAUUUUCCAGUCGAGCCCUUCAGAGGUCAGAAAGAGGUAGUGAUCUCCACAGUAACCUGGUUUGGUGGGCAGAAUCACUUCCUGCCCAUAGCAUACCUUGUGACAAGCGGACUGAUCUUGGUUGCGGCUAUUGGACUCACAACAGUGUACGUCAAAGUGGGCAAAAAAGGCAAGAACAUGGAAGAAUAAACAAAAUGGAGUGUGGAUGUGAAAAUGACCUAUGAGCUGUACAGAAAAGGAUGAAACGAAUAUUAAACUCCAUCUGAGAUUUAAAUAAAA